AUGCCCUCGAAGGGCUCCAAGAAACCUAGGAAGCAUGGCCAUGGUGCAGACCUGGCAAGUGAUAGCUUGCUAGACCAGCUGUUAGCCGAGUCGGAUGAUGGGCAGGAACAGCGACCUGCCAAGCGUCGCGGUAUUCUGGCGUCAGCGAGGACGAAGAAGGAUCUGAAGAACACGAGGACUGCUAAAAGGACAAUGAGUGAGAUGGCACCUAGCAAAGCGUCUCAGGAGAAGCCUAGAAAGGCAGCAAGGUCUCAGACUAUUGGUCACGGUGCCUCUGAUACCUCAGGCAAACAGACGAAGACGAAUGGUAAGGUUCAGAAAAAACAUACACAACCAUCACAAAACGGAGACUUCACCAAACCGAUAGGUGUACUGGACAUGGAUGACAACGACACAGACGACCAUGGACGACGAUCACUGCAACAAGAGACCCAGCAGGUCAUUACGCCUACAGAGGUAUCUUCUCCACCACCACCAGACCCAGCCGUGGGCAUGGUAGGAGGUAACAGUGCGGAUGAAGAGCUGUUUGAGGUGGAGUUAGAGACCGCGGAAGGGUUCAGAUACAGGCGACGACUGACCAGGCGAGAGCUGGAGGAGCUACAGGCUGAGGAGGAGAGCACUUCACCUCAAGGGGUUGAGAUGAUGGAACCUGAGACUGAAAACUCGGAAAUGGACCCCGACCAUGUCACAGACUCGACGUCACACAGUAGCGUUCAUGUUGGUGCCCGUCCAAAGGACUCGUUUGUGCCCAUGUCGCCAAAAGACGUUUCGUUGCCGCUCAAACAUACACCAGUGAUACAACAACAGGAUAUGCGAAAAGUACCUGCAAAGACGCCCGAGCGCAACCACGACAACCGGGGAAGACGGAUUAGUUCUCUUGGGAACGGCUUUGAAGGAGAGCCUCAUGCAGACGUGGAUGCGCAAAACUUCUACAAGCACUUUGAGCCCGGUCUGCCGGAACCUCAUAAAGCACGGCUUCUGUUGACGUGGUCUGGUAAACGUGCGAUGAUGAAUCACAAGACCAGGAUGGUUCGUGAGAGUGCUCCUCAGGGUCUGUCGGAAACUGACGAGACUACAGCUCGACGCAUUGUUCGUGUAAUUAUGGAAGACAUUAUUCGAGACAUGAAGGACGGCAAAGUGAACACCAGUUGGUACAAUCGACCUGAGCCUGACGGUGACGACCAUUCCAAUUCACGGUUCACCAAGCCCAAUGCACAGAACAUUGCCAAUGCUGAGAAACUCGCGCUGUUUAAGAAGCGGCUGGCUGCCCAACAAGCAGAGAUCAAGGAAUGGGCCAAGUUGGAAGCGGAGGCGCGAGAGAGACUGGAUAUGGCCAAGGGUAAGAGUCAGAAGUUAGUUGCACAGCUUCAAAAGCCGUUUGAUUCGCCGCCGACCCUCCCUUCUCUGUUGAGCGAUGUUGCACUAUCUGCAUCCACGUUUUCCCGUCAGAUUGACCAGGUUGAAGACGCUGUGAACAAAAUCAACAGUUGCAACGUUCGGGCAUCCAAGUUCUGCGACGAGCAGUUCCAGGCGCUUGAUAAUGUGUUAGAAUCUCGAAGCAGGAAAAGACCAAGGCAGUCUCAAGAUUUCAGAACCAUCUUUAAUGCUGAUAGGUUCAGGGAGUCGACCUUGGACGGUGAGCAGACCAGAGACGUUCUCAGAACGCUUAGUCGACUCAAGUGA